CCAUGUGUUCGAUGGAGACAUGCUGGACAAACAGCUGUACUUCAACCUGACCCGGCGACGGCGAUUCAAGCGACUCGAUAUCUACGGCAAGCGACAGCGCACCGUCCACGAGAUGUGCAAGCGAAUCAUCGACCAGGCACCACCGGAGACCGACAUCGUGAUUGCCUUUGGGAAUGCAUCCUGGAAGCAAGGGAAGGGAUAUGCAUCCAGUCCCAGGAGACUCAGUCAGUCAGUCAGCGGGGUUCAGACAUCUGAAGCCAGGAAGGAACUCUCCGGUUUCUUUCUGGAUAGACUGUAA